AUGUUGCAAUUGCCAAAUGAGAUUCUAGAAGAGAUUCUGUGUAGAUUGUCUGUUAAGUGUCUGCUCCGUUUUAGAUGUGUAUCUAAAUCAUGGUUUGCCGUAAUCAGUAGCCCCAAUUUUGUCAAAUUGCAUCUGAACCGAUCAGUCCAAACCAAGAGAAAUCUUAGGCUCAUCCGACAGAACAAAUUUGAUCUCUUUCGUGAGGAUUUGAUUCCCUCCCUGCGAUGUUCUUCAACAGGUGUUUUCGAUUCCAUUCCAUUGACGUUUCGAAAUUAUGGACUUGUGCCUAAAUGUUCCUGUGAUGGCUUGAUUUGCAUGGCCAAACGCGGUCGCAUUCAAUAUAUUAGUUUUUGGAAUCCUUCGACCAUAAGGCAUUAUGUACCUGCAACCUUGUUUUGGUGA